CUGCUGUUAUCACACACUCAAAGGGUCCCACAGCAGGCUGAUAGGGAGCACAGUCUGCACCGCACCGCCAUCCGCACACCGGCCUCCGGGACGCGUCGCUCUCUCCGCCCGGGAUGGAGAAAGACGCCUCUGAGCCGGACCCAUCCCGCCAGCGGAACGGGGUCGUGGGCGUGCUGUACGGGGAGUUCACCGACACGCUCAACGACAGGGUCCGGUACUCGGUGAGCUUGACGGAGAGCGCCCUGACCAUCCAGAGGAUCUCCUCAUCACCCGGCCGGACUAAGGUGGUUUUUAACUUGACAGACUGUGUCGGCUGCCGGGCGCACAGAGGGCCGGACGGCGCGGACGUCGGCGCCUACUUUACAGCCUAUUUCUACCCGUUCAAGAGGCGCUGGAUGAGCGCCGGAGUGGCCCGGCAGAGAGUGGAGCAGUGCUUUCGGGUCGCGCUGGUCCAGGACCCGCUCGCCAACCUCCAGGAGGCUGAGAGGUGGGCUCGUGCCAUCAGAGAUGCCUCGGUGCUGCAGGCGCCCCGGAGAGACGGUGUGGUGUACGCGGAGGUGUGUCGGCCCUGCAGAGUCAUGAUUCUGGUGAACCCUCACAGCGGGCGCGGCCAGGCUCUCCAGCUCUUCACCGGCCACAUACAGGGCAUGCUCACUGAGGCUGCUGUUCCCUACACACUCGUCAUCACAGAGCACCAGAACCACGCACGGGAGCUGGUGAAGAAGGCCGACCUGUCGCAGUGGGACGCCCUGGUUAUCAUGUCUGGAGACGGACUGCUGUAUGAGGUGAUAAAUGGUCUGAUGGAGCGGGAGGACUGGCAAGAGGCCAUUCAGACCCCUCUGGGUAUUCUACCAGGUGGCUCAGGCAACGCCCUGGCCGCCUCUGUCCACCACUACUCACAGUCGCCUCCAGCGUGGAACGAGGAGCUACUAUUGAGCUGUGGCUUCAUGCUGUGCAAAGGUCUGGUUGUCUCCAUGGACCUGGUGUCGAUCCACCUGUCCUCUCGCCAGCGCCUCUUCUCCUUCCUCUCUCUGGCCUGGGGCUUCGUGGCCGACGUCGACAUCGAAAGCGAGAAAUAUCGCCAUGUUGGAGCAAUCCGCUUCCUGAUGGGCACCCUGGUGCGUUUGGCCUCCCUCAGAGUCUACCAGGGCCGGUUAGCGUAUCUGCCUGUAAAGGAGACACCGAAACAUCCAAAAGGGAGCAUCAAGGCCAACCACCCUCCCUCCACACCUCAGCGCCCUUCGCUCUGCUCCUCCCUUCCCUGUCGCCUCCUCCCCAAUUCCUCUCCAAACCAGAACUCUCGCCACAAUCACAACAGCACAAACUCCAACCACAACACCAUCACCAACUCCUCCAACAACGCUAUCACCACCAAGAGACCUGAGACCCAGAGUGAUGUCAAGACCAGAGCACCGGAGGACUCUCUGCUUCCUGGUUUGGACCAACCAGUCCCAGAGAGCUGGACGGUGGUCAAGGAGGAGGAUUUUGUCUUGGUACUGGCUAUUUACCAGUCCCACCUGGCUGAGGACCUGUGGACAGUCCCUGGUGCAAAUGCAGAUGACGGUGUGAUUCACCUGUUUUAUGUGACAGCAGGAAUCUCCCGUCCCGCCCUCCUGCGCCUUUUCCUCGCCAUGGAGAAGGGCGGCCACUUGGCGUGCGGAUGCCCCUACCUGGUGUAUGAGAAGGUGAAGGCCCUGCGGCUGGAGCCUGUCUCUCCCCAAGGCAUGAUCACUGUGGACGGGGAGAUGGUGGAGUACGGGCCUGUUCAGGCUCAAAUCCACCCGGGACUGGCCAGACUCAUUUGUGGAUGAACCUGGAUUAUCUUAAUCUUUUCUCGCUGUAGAGCUUUCUAGUUUGGCCUUUUAUACUCAGUGUCGAUUUCUUUCUGUAUGCUGUGUUUUCAGAAGUGCCAAAGACGUUUUAUCAGCCUCUGGAAAUUCCUCUAUUUUUCUACAGAAACAACUUGUCCUAUUUUUAUCGACCCCCCUCCCCGCGUCCCCUCUUUCUCUCAAUGUUUGAUUCAGGGUCAAAGCCAUGGAUGGUUGUUCUUGCUGCUGGCUGGUCCCAGCUUAGAGAAAUGGAUAGAGAUUGUGUGUGUGUAUGUGUGUGUGUGUGUUUGUGUGCAUAAGCUAGCGAGAUCUUUAUGUAUGUUUGUGUGCACUCGUGUGUGUAUGUGUGAGACUGUGCGCGAGGAGCUCUGGCACAUAGCGGUGCAGCAGCUGAGGAGUGCAUUGUGCACUCUGCUGUCGGACCUCAUAAGCAUGACACACGUGAAGAGAAGCACAUUUUCCUGUCCCGUCCUGGGAGGCUUGUGGAGAAACCACGCCCCUUGUCCCACUGUACUGCCCCCAGGCCGACAAUCUCCCUCCUGGGCAACUGCUCUGACAGCAUCGCCUCCCCCUCAGCUUGGUAAAGAGGAGCUUUCUUCCUGAGGAGAUAUAAAUCCCCCGGGGAUUUGAUGUUGAAAAAUCUUUAAUCUUUGCAUAGCUUAUAUAAACUCGAACAAUACUAGAUCCAGUCACACUAAGCAGUGAAUUCAGCCCCCCCUUUCUCUUCUGUGUGUGUGAAAACUUCCUCCAGCUGAUGAUACACGAAGAGCUGGUGAAGUGGAGAGAAACCUGACCAGCUGGGGUUACACCUCCAUCCACUUCCUGUCCUGUCCGCUCUCUCACCCUGCUUCAUCUGCAACCAUCAUCAAACUGUAGAAACCGCCUCCACUCACACAUAAACACACUUUCUUUUCCCCAUCCCCCCUCCUCCUAUGCACAGCUCCUCACAUACACACUUGUACACACACAUUCCCUUGCAUCUCUGCAGCACUUAGCGAGGGGGAGGGGCAUGGUCUGCUACUGUGCAUAUGAUCCCCUCUCCUCUUGCCAUCUUAAGAUUGUACUCUCCCUCCCUCCUUCGGUUAAUGAGCCAUCAGCACCUAAUGUGUCCUUAAUAUGAAGCUUUACAUCUGUGAAGGCGUGCAAAAAUUUUUAAUCGUAAAGAAGCUUUUAAGUGAGUUUCAGCACUUAACACUGAUUAGACAGGCUGAAGCUCACUAAAGUGGAGAGGUUUCACACCAGGUCAGUCAGCGUUACAUAUCGAGAGGCGUGCGAUCAAUGUGAGCUGGAGGGAGUCAAGUGCUCUGCUCCACCGUGUGGCCUUUUCCCUGGUUGUCAGUGCUGCGGUGGUGAGCGUUAGUGCACCAGAGCAGAGCAGAGUGCAAAUGUUAGCAUUAUCAUCAGUCCCCCACACACACACACACUCACACACACACACACACACACACACACACACCAGUUUAUUUCAGGUCAGGACGACCGCACCAGAACUGUUACACCCACAGGUAUGCAGCAGCUGACUAUCAUCACUUAGGGAGUGAGCUGUCUUCUCUGACCUUAAAAACAAAUCAUAUUCUUCAAUUAUGAAACAAAAUCGGAAUGUGAGACAUUCCUGUGUGAACGCUGAUGCAUCUGCAAACAACACAAUCACCUCUCAUGCUGAAAGUGAAAGGUAGAAUGUUGACAGGCUAAUGGGAUUCAAAGAAAUGCUGAUUAUAAGCUUUUUAAUGUUUUGAUGAAUACAUCACUGUCAUCCUGAGUGCAAUACAGUCAAUGCAGUGAGCUGAUAACGCACAUUGUUUUACUGCUGAGGUUUCUGGAGCUCGUGAAAGGAGGAUGGUGUUUGGCUUUCAUUGGACGAAGAGUAAAUAAAAUUUCUCACAUUAUGCAAACAUAAGGAAGCUCUCUUUAGGGACUGUAUGAAAAUUAUUUGGGUGUGAAGGGAGGCUGAGGAUUAUGUUUCAUUCUCUGACCAGCACAAUAGUUAUUUUGAACGCUCCCUGACUUUCUUUGUAUCCACAAUUUAUACAACACAUUAGGUCUGGAUGAUAUGGCCAAAAAGUAAAAUCUCUAUUUUUUUCAAGCUUUGGGCCAAAACACAAUUUUAAUUUACAAAAUGCAACAAGACCAAAACAUGACUGAAAUAUCAUGUUUUUAGGACUCCAUGUACAAGAUACAGUCAUUGAGCGUUAAUAAUUUAAAAAACCCUGCACUACCUGCACUGUGCACACUGAAAAACAUACAGGUUAUCCCACAUAGCUAUGGACUAAGCAAGCGUCCACUUUAAUUAUCCUGCAGAGAUAAAGCAGAAAAGUCUGCAGAGUCUCUUGACAAGACUUUAGCUUGAUAUCUGAAGACAGAUGCAAGCUAGCGUCGGCUUCCCAGCAGGUAAAGACAGACUAAAUAAAGCAGAAUCCGCACACUUAUUGUUCAGCUCCUUCCAAGGUGCUGUAUACAACAUUCAGCAUUAAUAUAGCAGCAAACAUCUAUUUGUUAUGUAAUGAUACAGUGAAGUAAUGGUGCCCUGAGCAGAGAAUGAAGUCACGCCACCUCUGUUUGUGUUGUGAUCCAAGCUUCUCUGCUGUGGAAGAAGGUCCAGCUGCACCUGCAUGUGAGUGCAUGUGAGUCCCUGUUCGUGUAUCCCACCGGCUAGCUAAUCACCACCGCUCUGUGCCACGCUCAUUCAGCAGUUACUGACACACUGACACACGGUGAUGCAGGCGUUGCGCCAGACCAUCAUGAUGAAUAGGGAGCUGAGCUGGAAGGCGAAGCUUUCGAUUUACUGGUCCAUCUACAUUCCAACCCUCACCUAUGGUCAUGAGCUCUGGGUAGUGACCGAAAGAAUGAGAUUGCAGAUCCAAGUGCAGACAAUCCUGGCUCAGACUCUGCGUCAUACACAUAUGUUCUGAAUGUUGCAUACAGCUCAUUUAAAAAAAUUUUUUGUGCACUUUUCAAAAACUACUGAACUGAAUUUAUGCAAUUUAUACAUUUCUCAUUGAUUAGUAAUCUGUAAACUAUAAUAUUUCAAAAGUAACCUUCCCAUCCCUGUUAGCUACAAGUCAGUUGUGUUGAGGAAAAUAAAGCCCAGACACAAAUAUAAGACUCUUUGCCUUCACAUACGGCAAAAUGCACCACCAUGACUUGUGGCGUGCACAGCAGCCAUUUUAUUGAUGCAACUAUUUGACCCCCUCCAACAAUUUUUGUACACUUCCCUCAGUGAACCAUGACAUACUUGAAGUUGACCUCCUCCAUUCUCCAUCUUCACUGCAGUGCCGAUUUUUUGCCUAUAACUUGGUUUUACUGUCUGAAACAUUUUCAUAUACUGUGUGUGAUAGUCAUAGCUACAACAUACUGUACCUUCUACCAUUACUGUAUCCUCAUCAGUUAUCCAGGUGCUUUGAAUGCAUUAUCAUGUUCUGCAGGCUGCACUCAUGAACUCGCAGUUGCCCACGUGCAAUGUUCAUUAUUAAAUGUAUAAAGUACAUCCUCAUAAGAGUAGAGAUAAGCUAUGCAAAUGCCUUGUCAUGGCUGCAGAUAUCUGGAGUGAGGGGGCCCUCUGCUGGACCGCUCAUAUACACUCAUUGAACAGUCCUGAAAUAUUAUGUCAUACUGUGCAAAUCUCUUCAGACUGCCACCUCUUUCCUGCUUCUUAUAUUUACCAUCAUGAAUGAAUCAACAUUAAGCUUCGAUGCAGGAGACGUAACGUCAAACAAACCUCCAUUAAAUGAAGCAAACAUCCAUGUUAUUGUAAUUUACCAUCAGAGAAAUGUACUUGAUGCUUAGAAACACGGCUGCAAAUAAAAAUGUGUUGACAUGUUGGUGCAGGACUGUGUUACACUACUGUUAAAUUAUGGUACUAUACUGUUAAAUUGUUUAUUCCACUGGCUGCUUUAAUGUAACAGCAGUUUCUUUUUUUAAACACAGAUGUUAAUACUUGUCUUUGUCCAUGCUGUUGUGGCAUUUUAGAAAUGAUUUAAGGACGUUGUGUCACAGAGAAUGAACCAAAAUGAGACCCAAUGAUGUUUUUAUGAUCCUCAAAGAAUCUGAAUAUGUUAUACUUGUUAUAGUCAGAAUCUCUUGAGUUGCCGUUGUAUCCACACACAUGAUUUACAGCUAGGCAAUGACUGUGUAUUCAUUGCUUUGUUAUUUGAUGUGGUGAUUUUGAGCUGGAUUUUAGUGCAGUAGAUCAGGGGAUCCACGUGGUAUGGCUGAAUGUAUUAUUCUGUCCAUGUUAGUUAAAAACAAAAAGUUAAUCGUGUGCCACGUGUUCGCAGCUUUUCACUUUGAAGUAAGUGCAAAUAGGGGAAAAAGUUUCUCCAGAGAGUGCCUUAGCCAUUACCCCAGACAGCAGAUAGGUGGUGCAAAGAAUUAAAAUACAACAGAUGGGAACAAAUCUUUCUUUGAGUACUCUAUCACAUUAAAUACUUAUUACUUGGUAUGCAUCAGUGUUACAAUACAAACACACUGAUUCUCUAUUACAGGCAGUAUUCUGUGUGACCUGUGAAGCUUUCUUGAGGAGGGGUUGACUGGGUUCUGAGUUGUAACAUCCAUAUAAGGUUGUUAUUGCAUCUAUUGAACUGGCUGUUGACAACCAGGUAUUCAUCAUCUUUUAUUUUCUCGUAAUUAUUUGUUUAUAGACCUCUUUUU